UCCGCCUCUAUCCAUUAGAAAAUAUUGGUAGCGUGAAAAAAUGGUUUGAAUCUCAGCAGGUCCGAUUUUGAAUAUUGAAUUUGAAAGAAUUGGAAAUCAAGAUUUGGGUUUGGGCCUUAGGGUUGGCCCGUCGCUGGUUUUGAAUGCAUCAUGGCUAACUUGGUAACGAAGAGGGAGAAGCACAGGAACUGAAAAUGGAAAGCUAUCGUCAGGAUAAAAUACAUAAAUUUGAGGAAUUUGUUGAUCUUCGCUUGAAGCCUGAUCUCGUUAAAGCUAUUGCUGAAAGGGACAAGGUCUUCGAGCAACAAAAGAUUUUCUCAGAUUUGCGAAGGAACAUAGAAAAUUUGGAGAAAAAUAGUGUGACCAGUCUUAGGACAUUGAUUAACCUUGGUUCUGAAGUGUACAUGCAAGCUGAUGUACCAGAUACACAACGCAUAUUUGUGGACAUUGGAUUAGGAUUCCAUGUGGAGUUUACUUGGUCUGAAGCAUUGAAUUACAUAUCACUAAGGGAGGAAAAGAUAGCGAGGCAAAUAGAAGACUACACUCGCCAAAUUGCAUCAAUUAAAGCUCAGAUCAAGCUGGUUUGUGAAGGGAUUCGGGAGUUGCUCCAAAUUCCAGCUGAGAAACCUUUACCAGGGCAUGUUUUUUAACAUUCAUGAGUUAAAUGUAUUCUGUAAUCACUUCCCUUUAUGGCAUAAUCUGCAUUUUCCAUGGGAAGAGAUUGGUGAGAAAGUAAAUUCAAGGACUUAUCGAUGUAAAGGAUAAUAAACAUAUAUAUGAAUCUCUGUUCAUUUUGACA